GGCCCUAUAUUGCACGUGGUUAAGGCUUGCGCACAACGCCUCGCGUCUGCACCGUUAUGUUCCGUAAUACCCUCGGCACCACUGAAAUCACUUCCGACAAAAACACAUAAUGACGGAGGCGAUCUUUGUGCACGGGCUUACAGUGCACCGAUAUAAAACAGAGGAAAAUGACCAGCGAUUUUCCAGAAGGGCAAACCGAAUCACUAUCGGCAACCAGAUGCAGAGAUGGCUAACAUUGAAAGCCAUUGUAGGACUGUGGAAAAACGAAGAAGUCGCUAAAAUGCUCAUGGACAGCUGGUCUUCAACCAAUGGAAUAUAUCUAGAGGACGGUUCAUUUACAGAACUUCCUGAGAAAGAUGCUUCACCAGUUCCCAAAGAGGAAGAGGAAUCUAUUGAGGAUGACUAUGAAGACCUACCAAUAUUGGAAAGACAAUUGGAAGACUGGGAAGUGUUAUCAAGAAUGAAAACUACAGUUCCAGACAUUACAGACUCCAAGUCCAGUCCUCCAGCUUCAGCAGCUUUACAGCCUAACUUGAAAUCUUCUGCAUUUCAUCAUGGUCUGAUACAGACUGCGCAACGGACUCAAAGUCAUCAACAUUCACAGAUACAAAUAUUACCGCAGGUGAAAAAUCUACAACAGGUACAAAACAGUCAUGAAAUACAGAAAUCACAGCUGGCACAAAUACCAGAAAAACAACAGUUUCUGAGUUUACAAACACAGAAUGCAGCACCAGGCCAACCAGGUGUCAACAUGCAUUGGAUGUUUUUCCCUAAAACAGGUGGGAAGCCGCUGUUAGUCCUUCCAAAUACAGGUAUCGGGCCAAAAUCUGUGGUUACAGGGGGUUGCAUUGUUCCAUCUACAGUGACUGGAAGUGCUUCGAAAGUUUUACCUCUGACUAAAGAUAAUAGUCAAGUCACUAUGAUCUCUCCCAAGGUCAGUUCAUCAAGAACUUCUCCAGGAAAGUGUUUACCUGUGCUGAGUACUAACAGUGUUUUGCAGCCUUCCAACUUUGAGCAGGUAGCACAUUCAGAUUGUAACAUAACACAGCUAAAGUUUGAAGGCAUAAAAAGUGAGCCUGAAUCAGAAGAAGAACUCGAUAACAAGGUCAACAAAACUAAUCAAGUUAGUCCAGAUACUAGUUAUCAUACUAGUGGAUUAGAGGCUGAUGAUAUAGUUCUAAACUUGUACUGUAGUAGCGGUGAUGAUGCUGACGACGACGAUGACAAUGAUGAAGAUGAUGAUGAAAUACAUAGACCACAAAUUCUGAAACCGUCACUAUCAACCUCAGACAAAAAUAAAACUACGAAGAAACACAAAGCAUCCAAGCCUGUUGAUGCUGCCAAUAAAGACAUUAAUCCCUCUCCAAAAAAAGUGAAUGUGGAAUCCAGCGACACGGUCAAAUGUUUCCGCAGUGAGAGACUGAGGAAGAGAGGAAGAAUAUCAUUUGUUGAACUAUUGAAAGGAAAUGUAGUUUUUGAGAAAGGCAAAAAUGGAAAAAUUUAUGCUAAAGAGAGAGUAACUGCCAUUAAAACUACAUCCUCUGUAAAAGUUCAACGCUCAAAAGAAAGGAACCCGAUUGUCGGUGCUAGCACAGAGGCAUCUACAGGUAAAAAAAUGCACAAUCAGAAAAACAAAUCAAACAGUUAUGAUAGUGAAGUUACAAAAGAUGAUGGUUCAAGCUCCAAUACAGAUUCAGAAGAAGUCAGAUAUUCUGACAGUGAUAGUGAUUUUGAUCCUGAUGGCAUAUCAACAAAUGUAGAACUCAAAACAAGGAGACUAAAACGAAAAUCUCAAUCAGUAUCGGAUAAUUCUGUUGAGGAACAUUAUCUUACCACAAAGAAGAAGAAGGUGAAGACCUUAGAUAGGGUUGUUUGUUUUGGAGGAUCAUGAAGGUGAAUGUAAAGAAAACAAAAAACAACUGGACGUCGGCUCACCUAACACAUUGUGGUAUGGUGCUCAAACUGGCUAUAUUUCAAGGUGAUAUUUUUAAAGAGUUUUGAUAGUGUGUUCAAAACCAAUUUAAAGAAAUAUCUGUAAUAAAAAUCUUAUCAAGGGAGACUUUCUGUUUAUGCUCGCCAGUGUGGACUUUGAGUUUUUCAGCUGGGAAACACCACCAUGGAAUUGACUCCUGCUUGGACCUGUGAGGGUGUAUUAAAGGUUGAAGCCAGAGCGAUGCAUUCAUGUAAGAGAAAAUAUUGCAAAGGUUUCUAGGUACCAUGGAACGGCAUGGAGAAAAAUGUGUGGGUUGAGGUUAUUUUAAGGAUCUCUGCACACUUAUCAACGACAUCACGCUCAUGCUGCCUAAGGAAUGGUGUCUUCAGUUCCUGUGUGGAGCUAGAUCUCCAAAGGAAAGCGGAGCAGGAACUUGGUAGUUUGUACAGAACCAGAGUACACUACACGACUAUGUCAGACACCAUCGUUACCUUUGUGACCUCUCGGCUGCUUUCUCUCUGUAUACAGACAUGCGAAGACUAAAAAUGGGGGAAUACAUCUAUGAACACCCUGUCAACAGUAAGCUGUGUGAUUGCUCCUGUAUCCAUGGUUACCAGCUUGCCACAGAUAAAUGUGAUUGGUGCAGCUACACCUCAGUAUGCUUCAGCGGGGAAAAUUCCAUUAAAGUUCAAUGAAGAAAAGCAAACUGUGACACAUAAAACAUGAGAUUUAGAGACUCUUAAGAUAUAUUAGAAUCAGAAACAGAAAUGAUAUACUUUGAAAGUUGAAAAUAUUAUGAUAUAACUGAAAACAAGCUUUAGAAACCUUUAAAAAUGAUUUCAACAAUAGCUGUAUAUGGUUAAUUAGAUUACCUAAUCUUGCAUUGCUACAUUAACCAAUAUGCAUGAUGAGACCUGCAUUGCAGGAAUCAAAAUUUGUUGCCAGAAUAGAUCAGAAUCAGUGAGGAAGUAUUCCGUCUUUUCAUAUUGCAGAGUUAUCUUCUCUUGUGAGCAGGUAUUGAUUGUUACGUCAUUGGUUUGUGUGAGAAAAUUACGUCGUUCUCACAAACCAGUUACUCUCAUAAACCAAUGACAUAACAAUCAAUACCUGCUCAUAAGAGCAGUUAAUUUUGCAAUACGCAAAGACUGAAUAACACCACUAUACGUAGGGGGAACACAAGAAGACAGAAAAUAUUGGAAAUAGAGAUGUAUUUAUAAUUUAGUGAAAUAUAAUUUGUAAGUACUUGAGUAACUAUAUUACAUAUUAAAUUAAUAUCGUUUACAGAAAGACAUUUUAAUCUGUCUUAAUGAGAAAGAGAAGAGACAUAUUAUUUAUGUAUUACUAAGACAGGUAUGAGUUAUAGAGGCAGAUAAUAAGAUGUAAUUCUAUAAUGGAAGAAUUCACUGUCCUGUACAGAGACAUGCCAUUGUGUAUGAUUGAGAGAGAAGAAAUGGAUUAUUUUGUAUGCAUGUAUACUUUUAUUGUAUUGCAGAAGUCAAAUGAUAGAAUGAAGCAUGUCAUGUAUAUAUAUAUUAUAUUAAGAAAAAUUGUGAAAAGCUGUGUUGUGAGUAUUUAUCCCAUUACUGUAAUAUGUACUGUAUCAUUAC